GAGGAGUGAUGCCCGCGUUCGCAUCUUGCCAGGGCUGCUUCUGAUUCUGACGCGCUAAUCGAGCGAUCGCAUUGCCUUGCUAUACCGCCCGGGCUGCGUGCAAUACAAUAUCAUAUCGUAUCAAUUGUUCAAUCGUCGUACGACUUUCCCCGGGUGCCCUGGGCUCUUACGUCCAGUGCGUUUCUGGCGCACAGCACGAGUAUACCGACUGGUUUGACUGCGCACCAGGCGCGUUUUUUGCCAUGGACUACAUGUACGGCGUGUCGACGGGGCUGGCGGUGGGGGCUUUGACCGUGCUGGCGGGCUCGGUUGGCUUCGCUCUGAGCCUCUUGUCACUCGUAUUCAAUUAUGUUAUUCCUGGCUUGCCGGAGGAUGCAUCAGGAAUUCCCGUCAGACCGAUUAAAUCUCUCCCCGCAUCGACCUCCCCAACCAGACAUGCAUGCGAGAAAUCCCCGAGGAGCAGCGUCGGCUCGUUCUUGUCGCAGACGACAGCCACAUCAUCCGACGCUUCCCAUCCGCACGCGCCUCACCAGGAGGCAUCCACAUCGCUGCCACCACCUAUACACCCCGCCACCCCAGCGUCGACGCCGCAUCGCGUGACUUUCCAGGAGAACCUCGUUCUGCCACCCACGGCGGAUAUGCAGCUGCGACUGCCGAGGGACAGGACGAGGAGCGCCGGCGGCGGCGGCGACAAGAGCCGCUCGGUGUCCCCGAAGACGCCGAUGCGAUCCGCGACCGACCCUGCCCAGAGCAGUAAGCCCGCUCCUCCCGUGGCGUCCACCUCGGCCACGCGCCUGGACUCGAACGGCGUGAUCGACCCGCUCAUUUCGUCCGAGCCUGCAAAGCCGGAAGCGAAACGGCGGCAUACGUUCGGGCUGCUGGGGAAGGGCUUCUCGUCGAUGGAGAAGCGCAAGAAGCUGGAGCGCUCCGUGAGCACACCCCUGCCGAAGCUGUGCGGUAAAGGCAAUGGGAAGGAGAAGGAGAAGAGCGCGCCGCCGGCGAGUGAUGGGGAGGGGGAGGUCGUGAGGAGGGAGAGGAAGGGGCCGGUGGCGGCGCCUGAGAGGAGGAAGACGAUGCCGCCGGAGAUGCUGGAGAGUAUGACGGAGGAGGAGCCGGAGGACGGCGCGCGGGUGCACCGUGCGCGGAGUGUGGACCGAUGUUUGAAAGCGAAGAUCCGCUCGCCUUCCCAGCCAGCCGCGCCCAAACUGCCCUCGCCGCCACCGCGCACGAACCCCUACGAGGCGCCGUACUUCUUCCCGCAGCCAGGGUCGCCCGAGGCGCAGGACUACGUGCGGCGGGUGCGGGAGGACCGGAUGCGCGCGUCGAAAGCAUCGAACAGCAGCCUGCGCUCGUACUUCCACUCCCACCAGCCGCCGCCGCCGACGUCGCCGUCGUCGAUGCUGCAGCCUUUGCCGACGCCGCCGGGGAGCGGGGCGGCGAGCCCGCGGAAGAGUGGCGGGCGGCUGCCGCCCACGCCUGAGGAGGUGGGGGAGGCGCUGGCGGCGGUGCCCGGUACGGCGCGCGGGAGGGGCAUACUGAAGAGGAGCAAGACGGGGUCGUGAUUUAGAGGAGUUCUGGAUGUGCACACCAGCUCAGAGUUCUGUUGACGUUGAAAACCUAAUCACUCGUUUCUUGGCUCGACAAAUAGUUUAUUUAUUAUUUAUCUGGUAGUAGUAGAUCUCGUAGUGUAAUCAGCAGUACUAGAAGCAAUACCGACAAGGUUGAGACUAUUCUUGAGCAGCG